AUGAACGUGUUAUCAAAAGAAUCGUUUUUACCAUUUUUUUUUAUCUGUCAUGUCAAUUUCCACAAAGCACCAGAUACCAUCACAUCUGAAGCAACAUUAGGUAUAAAAAGACCUCAAUCUCCUCGGAAUAAUCACUCUGCACGGCUAACUCUCCUUGUUUACAGGACCUUCAACAACCCAACAAUGAAGCUGGCAGCUCUGUGGGCGCUGCUGCCUUUAGCAGCAGCGGCUGGAGUGGUACCACCAGAAAAUGAAGGAGUUAACUGGGCUGUCCUUGUUGCUGGAUCCAGUGGAUGGUUCAACUACCGACAUCAGUCCGACAUCUGCCACGCAUACCAAAUCAUGCAUGACCGAGGUAUUCCUGAUGAACGUAUCAUUGUCAUGAUGUAUGACGACAUAGCCCGAUCACUUCAGAACCCUUACCCAGGAGAGAUUUUCAACCACCCUGAAGGUAAAGAUGUAUAUGCUGGAGUUCCCAAGGACUACACAGGAUCAGAAGUCACUCCUGAACUUUUCCUAGCUGUACUCCAGGGCAAUGAGCAAGCUGUCCAAGGUAUGGGCACCGGAAAGGUGGUCAAAAGUGGUCCCAAUGACCGUAUCUUCGUCAAUUUGGAUGACCACGGAGCACCUGGACUAUUCGCUUUUCCUUACGGAGAACUCAUGGCAGAUGACUUCGCCGCAGCUGUCACAAGCAUGCAUGAAGCACAAAAAUACAAGGAGAUUAUGAUUUACAUCGAGGCCUGUGAGUCGGGAUCAAUGUUCGAAGACCUUUACCCUCCUUCUCUUAAAGCUUAUGGUCUGUCUGCAUCAAGCCCCUCAGAAUCCUCCUGGGCAACCUACUGUGACAAUCCAUACGGAGUUUGUCUUGGUGAUGAGUUCAGUGUUAACUGGAUGGAGGAUACUGAAGCCAAUGAUCCAAACACCGAGACCCUCAAAACUCAAUUUGAAAACACAGAAAGGUUGACCUUGGGAUCACAGGUCAUGCAGUGGGGAGACCUUUCAAUAGACGCACAAGUUGUAGCCACAUUCUUUGGUCCUACCAGUUCGGCACCUAAGACGUACUCCACCAAACGUACUCAGGAGUCUUCUAUCCCAGUUCAAGACGUCCCCCUCGUUAUGUUGGAACGAAAACUGAAGUCCGCAACAAGUGAGUUAGAUAAGAAGACUAAAGCAAAGGAAAUUGCUGCCCUCAAAGAGAGGCGUGAGUUUGUCCACAAAACAAUGAAAAACAUUGCUCUUUCUGUAACUGGUGACGAGAAACUCACUGAGGAGAUGAUGGUGAAGAAGAACACAAAGAUUACUAACUGGAGUUGCUACAACCCAGUUGUUCAUGCUUUCAGCGAAAACUGCUUCAAUCUUGGCCAGAGCACGUACGCCCUGACUACUGUUCACACACUGCUCCAUCUGUGCGAAGCUGGAUAUAGCAGCAGUGAUAUUAUCAACAGCAUGAAGUCAGUGUGCUACUUCCCUACAAUUGAAAAUGCCUUCUAAAUAUUUCCUGACAUGUUUACUGAACAUCCAUAUUUAACUGAAUUAUUAGAGUCCUUAUCCCUCUACACAAUAAGAUACAUAUUCAAUUCUCAUAAAAGCCUCGGAAAAGUAGUGCUAUGGUAGAACUCUCUCUUUACAGUAAGGACAACGAAGAAAUAUCUUUCUUAUAGGAAUAUUGUCAUGAAAAGUCUUCAUACACUAUACAUACAUGUGAAUAAAAUAUUAAUAUUUCA